CCUUCUCUGGUCCGCCUCGGCCCGGCGGCGGCCAUCAGCCCCCUCGGCCUGGGCUCGAGGGGCGGGGAGCUACGCGCUCCCCUCGGUCCGACCGCCAACCUCCCUUCCCCGCGCGCCUCGCGGCCCGCAGUCCGCCCCGCGCGCUCCUCCCGGAGGAGCCGAGCCCGCGCCCGGCUCGCCCGCCCGGCGCUGCCCCGGCCCGCCCGGCCCGCGUGAGGCCGCCCGCGCCCGGCCCCGCCGCCGCCGCCGCCGCCGCCGCCGCCGCCAUGGGCUGCCUCGGAAACAGUAAGACCGAGGACCAGCGCAACGAGGAGAAGGCGCAGCGCGAGGCCAACAAAAAGAUCGAGAAGCAGCUGCAGAAGGACAAGCAAGUCUACCGGGCCACGCACCGCCUGCUGCUGCUGGGUGCCGGAGAAUCUGGUAAAAGCACCAUUGUGAAGCAGAUGAGGAUCCUGCGUGUUAAUGGGUUUAAGGGAGAUAGUGAGAAGGCGGCCAAAGUGCAGGACAUCAAAAACAACCUGAAAGAGGCGAUCGAAACCAUCGUGGCCGCCAUGAGCAACCUGGCCCCUGUGGAGCUGGCCAACCCCGAGAACCAGUUCAGAGCGGACCACAUUCUGAGCGUGAUGAACGUGCCUGACUUUGAUUUCCCUCCUGAGUUCUAUGAGCAUGCCAAGGCUCUGUGGGAGGAUGAAGGGGUGCGUGCCUGCUAUGAGCGUUCCAACGAGUACCCGCUGAUCGACGGCGCCCAGUACUUCCUGGACAAGAUUGAUGUCAUCAAGCAGGCUGACUAUGUGCCCAGCGAUCAGGAUCUGCUUCGCUGCCGCGUCCUGACUUCUGGAAUCUUUGAGACCAAGUUCCAGGUGGACAAAGUCAACUUCCACGUGUUUGACGUGGGUGGCCAGCGCGAUGAACGCCGCAAAUGGAUCCAAUGCUUCAAUGAUGUGACUGCCAUUAUCUUCGUGGUGGCCAGGAGCAGCUACAACAUGGUCAUUCGGGAGGACAACCAGACCAACCGCCUGCAGGAGGCUCUGAACCUCUUCAAGAGCAUCUGGAACAACAGAUGGCUGCGCACCAUCUCUGUGAUUCUGUUCCUCAACAAGCAAGACCUGCUCGCUGAGAAAGUCCUUGCUGGAAAAUCGAAGAUUGAGGACUACUUUCCAGAAUUUGCUCGCUACACUACUCCUGAGGAUGCUACUCCCGAGCCCGGAGAGGACCCCCGCGUGAUCCGGGCCAAGUACUUCAUCCGCGACGAAUUUCUGAGAAUCAGCACCGCCAGUGGGGACGGGCGGCAUUACUGCUACCCACACUUCACUUGCGCCGUGGACACCGAGAACAUCCGCCGCGUGUUCAACGACUGCCGGGACAUCAUCCAGCGCAUGCACCUUCGUCAGUAAGAGCUGCUCUGAGAAGGGGACACCCAAAUUUAAGUAAAGUCUUGAGCACAAUUCAGAGUGAAGCGUAAUUGUACACGCAGUUGAUCACCCACCAUAGGGCAUGAUUAACAAGGCAACCUCUCCUUUUCCCCCCAAGUGAUCUUGCGAAGUCCCCCUUUCCCCUUCAGCUUGCUUAAAUAUUCCAAAUUUAGAAAGCUUAAGGCGGCCUACAGAGAAAAAAAAAGGCCACAAAAGUUCCCUCUCUCUUUCAGUAAAUAAAAUAACAGCAGCAAACAGAAAUAAUGAAAUAAAAGAAAGAAAUGAAAGAAAAGAAAAGGAAUAAAUGAAAUAAAUAUUGUCUUGUGCAGCAUUAAAAAAAUCAAAAUAAAAAUUAAAUGUGAGCAAAGAAAAAAA